AUGAAUGUGUCGGUGGAAGAGUUGAGCAUUACAGUGGCAGGUGGAAGGAAACUCCUGGAUGCAGUGAAUUGUUUGGUCCAAGCAGGAAUUACCGAGGGGGGCAUCUACUAUGACGGCACAAGCUUGGCCAAAGUCAGGAGCAGCGUGGGAUAUGUCACCCAAGAUGACAUCAUGUAUGAGACCCUUACGCCCCGGGAGAAUUUGACCUUCGCAGCAGCCUUCAUCCUGCCAAAGCUCUCCAAAGAAAGCCGCAGCAAAGAGGUGGAAAGCGUCAUCGAAAAGCUGAAUCUCACGAAGUGUGCGAACACGGUGGUUGGGUCGCCCGGCCUUGUACGUGGCAUCUCAGGAGGUGAGCGGAAACGCACCAACGUGGCCCUGUCGUUGUUGGGGAACCCCUCACUGCUGCUGUUGGAUGAACCCACCAGCGGCUUGGACUCCAAGAUGUCUGACUCCUUGAUGAGAGAUGUGAAGCACAUCACCGAGCAAGGUUGCACCGUGGUUGCUACCAUCCACCAACCUUCCGAAGCAGUGUUCAUGCGCUUUGACAAGGUUCUGCUGCUGGAGACCGGGCGGGUAGCCUAUUACGGUGCUAUCUCUAGCUUGCGUGGCUCGCUGGGCAAUUUGGGCUUCACAUGCCCCGAAGGCACUCCACUUCCAGAGGUUCUUCUAGAUCUUCUUGAGUUGCCCGAGAAGGAAGAAGCACGUGCAGCUCACAAAGAGAAAUUGGUUCAGUUGAAGAAACUAUCAGACAUCUCCUCUGCCGAUAAGGGCUCUCCCACCAAUCAGAAGCACCACCCAAGCGCGCGGGAAUCUGCGGGCAGGUGGUGGUACUGUUCCAGCGGGAGCUGGUGA